ACACAGCCUCUCCCAGCAGGGAGAGGUUGCGUGGGGCUAAAGAGGAAGCCAAAGCAGUGAGCGGGAUCCAUCCCACUGGCUACCUUGGCUUGUGACAUAGCCGCGUGCAACCCCUCCAGCAGGGAGAGGUUGUGCGCAGCCUGUACGCUGCUCUUUGGGGCUGGAGGGGGGGAAAAUAUUUUUUUUAUUGAUUUCCCCGUCUAAAAACUAGGUGUGCCCUAUGGUCCGGUGUACCCUAUGGUGCGAAAAAUACGGUAAGUAGUGACAUGAUAGGAUUUUAUAAGACUAGGCGUGGCAUGGAGAAAGGGGAUUGAGAAAAUAUUUUCUCCCUCAUAACACUAGAAAUAUUCAACGAUGCUUAUUGAAGUACCUCACGCAUAGUUAAGCUCUGGAACCCACUCCCAUAAACGGCAGUGAUAGCCACCAACUUGGAAGCCUUUAAAAGAGGAUGGAACAAAUGUAGAAUAGACUUGUGCUCUGUCUGUAUGGUCAGAAGCAGUAUUAUUUUGAAUACCCGUUGCUGGAAACGGCAGAAGGAGUGAGGGCUCUUAUGUUUGGAUCCUGCUUGCGUGCUUCUCGCAGGUAUCUGGUUGGCCUCUGUGAGAACAGGGUGAUGGACUAAGUGGGCCAUUGGCCUCAUCCAGCAGGCUAGCAUUUCUGUGCAAAGGAAAAUCCAAACAAGAAGUACAGUGCAUAUCAUGCAUUGUAAUAUUGUAAUAUUGGUAGAAAAAUGCAAAAAUCUGUUGGCAUGGUUGCAUGUAAGGUAUUCUACUUCCUGACUUGCUAUUUUGCAGGGGGAAUUAGACUGCAUGUAGCAAAUUCGGGUUACGAAAUUAAAGUGUAUUUGGCACUCUUAUGCAACAAACCAUCCUCCCUCUAAAUGACGCUUCUUGUAGCAAGGAAAGUGUUGGGAAGAUGCACUGGGAAAUGUAGGGUUACAAUUGCUUGAUGUGAUGUACUAGAAUUUCCACACAAAUCAGUAUCAACUAAUAGUGUAUAACCUCAAGAAAUUUUGUGCAAAGAAAUCAAAAUGAAUGAUAACCUGGUCAUCUGUAAGUACCCUAAGUCUGGGAAAUGUUUGCCGGUUUAAUCAAGCUUGUUAAGGUGAUGUGAUCACUACAACUGUUGGUAUUCAUUUCUGUUGAACAAAAGGUCCCAUUCUGUUUUAGUGUGGACAGAUGUACCUCGGAGUCCUAUUACCUAAAUAAACUUUGUAAGCUUCCAUUUUUUAUCUUUUACUUGAAACCGCCCACAAGUGCUGGGCGUGUUAAGCAGAGAGUCAUUAUAGAGUCAAAUAUUUCGGAUGAGGAAUGAAAUAUGCAGUGUUGAUACCUUUUCCCAUCUCUGUCAACCCUGAUCCUACGGUGGGUAUAAUCCCAGGAACUACUCAACAUGGAUAGGUAGUUUCGAGUCAAGGAAUUGGGGAGGCUAGCGGUCCUGGACAGGGUUGCACUGCCUUUGAAGGGACAGGUGCAUAACCUGGAGGUGCUCCUAGAGCUGUCUUUGGAGGCUCAAGUGGCCUCCACAAGCAGUGCCUUUUACUAUCUCCGGCCGAUUUGCCAGCUCUUGCCAUCCCUGGACAUGGAGAGCCUUGCCACAGUGAUCCAAACACUGCUGGUAACAGAGCCAUAGCUAGGGGGUGGCGAGGUGGGCCCCUGCCACAGAUGCAGGCGAGGGGGGGGGCGCAAAAUCAUCUGCCAAGACCCUCCGCCAGCCAGCACCCUGUCCAGCCAGUGUUCCCUGCCUGCGGCCAAGCAGGACAAGGAAAAGGGCCCGCACCAACUUCAAAGCCUGCCUACUCUGGAGUCACUCCCCCCCUCCUUUCUCACACCCUCCCUCAAGGGUGCCAACUUGAAUAAAAUACAUUGGGGGGGCGGCAGGUAAGCACCGCCCUGUAUAAUCGACCACAAGAGGGAGCACAUGGACACUAUUUGAAUGGCAAUGCCCAUUAACUGGGGGGGGGCUCCUCAAAUAUUUUAGGGGGGGUGAAGGAACCUUGGCCCCAAGGAAUUGGCUCCCAUGCCCUUCUCCCUAUUAAAGUGGGGUGCUCCCCACUUUAUGCGAUUUCACUUAUGCAGGCAGGGGCCUAGAAUGUAAGCCGUGCGUAAGUGGGGAGACGCCUAUAUACCGUCGUCUAGGUCAGCCUUCCCCAUCUUGGUGGCCUUCAAUCAGAACUCAUUACAAAAAAGAAUUCACUACAAGAUGAAGUGCAUGAGGAAUUGAAGGGGGGGUGUUGGAGGAGAGGCAGAAAGAAGAGUUAAUUUGUUCGUGGCUGGGGGCACAAUCUGGACUGUUCUGCCAGGGGCGCAAGAUCACCUAGCUAUGGCUCUGGCUGGUAACCUUAGAAGUGGAAAAUUGUAAUGCACUCUGUGUGGACUGUCCUUGAAGUUCAUCAUCAUCAUCAUCAAACCUUUUAUUGGCAUCACAUACAAGCAUCCAUAGCAAAUCAACACAGAAUUCCCUGCCUUCCCAGUGACACAAAACGUUUGUCAAAUGAAAGAGGCAAAGCAGUCUAACAUUACAUCUCUAGGUCUCCAGGGAGGUCAGACGUCUGCAAUGUGUUUCGACGACAAAAAACCAGAUAAAGAUAUUUUAGUCACUAACUUAGUGAGCUCCUGAUUAUUCCCCAAUAAUAGAAAAUGUAUGACCUCUAACUCUGGUUUCCAUUUGGGGAUGCAGAGUUGAUCUAGGAACUGCUGGCGGAGAUCAACAUAUAGUUUACAUUUAAGAACCAUAUGUGUAAGAUUUUCCACCUGAUGGUCUUCACAUGGGCAAAUUCUUUCUCCUUCCACCAUUCCCGAGAACCUUCCCUAUAGGAGGUUUGAAGGAUUUGAAUUAAAGCUGGCCAGCGAAAAUGCCCUUUCUUGAGGAUUAAACAAAAAUUCAAGAUAAUUGUGGUUAAUUUCAUAUGCCCAAGAAAGUUGAAAGUUAAGAGGGGAACAUGUUUUCUCUGCUGCCGCUGUUAGUUCCUGGCGUUCAAUGUCCCACAACCUAGUUUUUAUUAUAGCCUUGGCAGAUGGUGGGGGCAUCGAUCGCAAAAAUUCCACUGACAGCCCAAGUUGCUGUACCUUUAUGUUAAACUGUUGUAGCCCUGGGGAAAGAAAGGGAUCUAGCAAAACUUCACUAAGGAGAGGAUCUUUAUCUGUUGUGAGGCAGAUGUUUAACCAGAAUGUAAGAAAUCUCACCCAGGCUAUGGUCUCUACCUUGUGUUGACCUCCCUCUAGACACAAGGCUGCAUAGGGUACACCACGUGGGACAGCAAAAAUUUUAAUAAGGAAAGCUGCCUGCACUCGUUCUACCAGCUGGAUAAACCCUGGCAGCCAGACUGGAAUUCCGUAGAGCAAUUGAGCUAUAACUUUGGCGUUGAAGACCUUGAGGGCAGAGGGGAUAUGCGAAUUACCUCCUUAUAAAGAAACGCAUUAUGGCUUGCAUAGACAUCUUAUUGGCAUUCACCACCAUGCAAGGACCAUAGAAACCUAUGAUGGAAUGUGAUUCCCAGGUAGUUGAAUUCUAAUACCUGCUGGAUGGGUUUUCCACCAAAUACCCAGCUAUAGCUUUUGCGUGAAUUCCCAAAAAACAUUAUUUUGCGUUUAUCAAAGUUCAUGCACAAUUUCAUUCUGGACAGAUAGUCAAUACAGGAAUUUCACAAACGUUUUAGGCCAAUUCUUGUCCGUGAAAGCAAAAUCAUAUCUGCGUAUAGAAGGAUGGGAAUACUUGAUGCGUUGAGUUUUGGGCUGUGGGCAUCCACCUGUUUUAGUAAAGAAGCGAGAUCGUUAAGAAAAAGAUUAAAAAGAGAGGGAGCGAGUACACAGCCCUGCUUUACUUCUUGGUUUAUAAUUUUCUUUUGACCUUAUAAUUUUCUUUUGACCUUUCAGUGCCCUGUUCAAUUGAAAAGGGGAGACCAGUACAGAAAGGCAUACUUGCUUAGGACGAUCACAAUGGUUUCUGUGUCAACCAGUUAUUUUGCUUUUUUAAAACAAAACCUUAGGUAUAAAAGCAUCUGCCACCUGCAAGAAACCUUAAUUUAUUACAGCCAUGCAUCAAAUUUAUGAUUAGAGAGGAAGAAAAGCAACCCUACAGAGCUCUUCCAACCGAUUCUACUCUGGCUCCUCCUCUUUGCCUAUAUAAUUUGUCGCUCGGUUCUGGGCAACACAGACCAAAGCGGUGGUGGAAGCAACUAUAGAAUCUGUAUUCCCCCCCCCUUUUGCUUAAUAUCUGACAGCUUUCAAGGUGUGCUUUCAUACGGCAGAAUGGCUAAUCCCCAACAAUCGGAUGAGCUCAUUUUUUUUGUGAAUGGAAGGAAGGUGAUAGAGAGAUCUGCUGAUCCUGAAGAACUGCUGCUUAAUUACCUGAGAAAGGGGCUCUGCCUCACAGGAACGAAGUAUGGCUGUGGAAUUGGAGGCUGCGGGGCUUGCACAGUGAUGAUAUCGACAUACAACCCAGACACCAAGAAGAUACGACAUUAUCCAGCCAACUCAUGCCUACUUCCAUUAUGCCUGUUGUAUGGCGCUGCAGUAACUACCGUAGAAGGAGUUGGAACUACAAAAACCAAGCUCCAUCCCAUUCAGGAAAGGCUUGCAAAGUGCCACGGCUCCCAGUGUGGCUUCUGCACUCCUGGGAUGGUGAUGUCUAUGUAUUCGCUCUUGAGAAAUAACCCCGAACCUACCAUGGAUCAGAUAACUGCGUGCCUGGAUGGCAAUUUGUGCCGUUGCACAGGAUACAGGCCUAUAGUUGACAGCUUCAGUGCUUUCUCUCCGGAAUCCUGCCCGCUGGCAGGGAGUGGGAAAUGCUGCAUGGAUAAAGAUGGGAAAGAGAAAGAAGGUAAAGAGAAAGAAGGUAAAGAGAAAGAAGGUAAAGAGAAAGAAGGGAAAGAGGAACACUCGUGUUCCAGAGAAGGAAACCGGAUGUGUUCAGGUCUAUGCAAGCCUGAAAGAUUUCAUCCCAUUGACCCAACCCAGGAUUAUAUAUUUCCUCCUGAACUAAUGAGGUUGGCCGAAGAGAGCAAAGGAAAAACUCUGGUUUUCAAUGGAGAGAGAACCACCUGGAUUUCUCCCGUGUCUCUGCAAGAGCUUGUCAACCUGAAAGCCAACUACCCAGAUGCACCUCUUGUUGUAGGAAAUACAAGUGUAGGACUUGAUAUGAAACUUCUUUCUGUCUAUCAUCCCGUUCUCCUUCAUCCUACUAGGAUCCCAGAUCUGCAUGUUACUGAAGUUGGAGACAACGGGAUCUUGAUCGGCGCAGCAGUCCAUCUUGCCCAACUGAGGGACUUCCUAUUAACCAUCGUCCCAGAACUCCCAAUGGAAAAGUCAAAGAUUUAUGGUGUGCUGCUGAAGCAACUGAGGACCCUUGCUGGAGAACAAAUUAGGAAUUUGGCGUCUUUAGGAGGACAUAUCGUGAGCAGAGGGUCAACCUGGGAUCUGAACCCUGUCCUGGCUGCUGGGAAUGCGCUUCUCAAUCUGGUAUCAAUAGAUGGAUCACGACAGAUUCCCUUGAAUGAUGAAUUCCUUGCGCACUUGCCACAGGCAGACCUUUCACCAAGAGAGGUCAUAGUCUCUGUUUUUAUCCCUUUCUCCAAGGAAGAUGAAUUUGUGUCAGCAUUCAGGCAGGCUGAGCGCCGAAAAAAUGCAUUGUCUGUGACAAAUUCUUCAAUGAGAGUCCUUUUCCAGCCAGGCUCUGGUGUCAUCGAGGACAUGGCUAUUUUAUAUGGUGGCAUUGGUCCUACCACAGUGAGCGCAAGAAAUACCUGUCAGAAGCUCAUUGGAAGCAACUGGGAUGAAGGGAUGCUGAAUGAAGCUUGCAGGCUAAUUCUUGAAGAAAUUAUCCUCUCUCCUUCAGCCCCGGGUGCAAAAGUGGAAUACAGAAGAACCCUGCUUGUCAGCUUCUUCUUCAGAUUUUAUCUGCAAGUGCUACAAGGUUUAAAGAACAUGAAUCCAUCUAAGUAUCCUGACUUGCCAAAGAAAUAUGCCAGUGCUUUAGGCGAGUUCCGUGAGAAACCACCUCAGGGUAUGCAAAUAUACCAGGAUGUAGACCCUCAUCAGCCUCCUCAGGACCCAGUGGGGCGUCCCAUCAUGCACCAGUCUGGUAUUAAACAUACCACCGGUGAAGCAGACUAUGUCGACGACAUGCCUCCAGAGGAAGGGCAGCUCUACAUGGCUGUGGUCACCAGCACAUGCGCCCACGCAAAGAUUCUAUCCAUUGAUGUGUCAGAGGCCUUAGAAGAACCAGGGGUGGUUGCCGUGGUAACAGCAGCUGAUAUUCCAGGGCAUAAUGGUGAUGGAAAAGAGGAAAUUUUUGCUAGCGAAGAGGUACUAUAUAUCGGCCACAUUAUCUGCGGUGUGCUUGCAGAAUCCUACGAGUGUGCAAAGCGAGCCAGAAGAAAAGUGAAGAUAGAGUACCAAGAACUGGAACUGAUCCUGACCAUUGAGGAAGCAGUUAAGCAUAAGUCAUUCUUGACAGAAGAAAAGAAAAUAGAAAGAGGAAACGUUACAGAAUCAUUUAAGAAUGUUGAGAACAUCAUUGAAGGCGAAAUCCAUGUCGGAGGGCAAGAGCAUUUUUACCUGGAAACAGACAGUGUGUUUGUCGUUCCAAGAAAAGAGGAUAAGGAAAUGGAUAUAUAUACGUCUACCCAAUAUGGUUCGAAAGUCCAGCAAACAGUGGCUUCAGCAUUAAAUGUUCAAGCCAAUAGGAUCAUGACCCACACAAGGCGAGUUGGCGGAGCUUUUGGGGGAAAGAGUUCAAAACCUUCAUUUUUUGCCGCAGCUGCAGCAGUUGCUGCACACAAAACUGGCCGCCCGGUCCGUUUUAUCCUGGAGCGAGAUGAUGACAUGAUAAUACCUGGAGGUCGACAUCCUCUUUGGGGGCAAUAUAAAGUGGGAUUCACGAAUGAUGGCAAAAUCAAAGCUGUUGAUCUUUUGUUCUACGUAAAUGGCGGGUGUACACCUGAUGAAUCAGAACUGGUAAUAGACUACGUUGUGCUAAAGAGUUGCAACGCAUAUGAUAUCCCCAACUUCCGAAGCCGUGGAUGGGCCUGUAAGACUAACUUGCCAUCGAACACUGCCUUUCGAGGAUUUGGAUUCCCACAGACAGCCCUUACUGCAGAAACAUGGGUGGCAGCUGUGGCAGAUCACCUUGGCUUGCCACAUGACCAGGUCCGGUGGAUGAACAUGUACAAAGGAGUAUCUGAGACUCCCUACAAAGAAGAGGUUGAUGCUACAAAUCUUGUUGCAUGUUGGAAAGAGUGCCUGGAGAAGUCUGAUUACUACAACAGGAGAAAAGCAGCAGAAGAAUUUAACAAGCAAAACUACUGGAAGAAGAAAGGGAUUGAGAUCAUUCCUAUGCUGUUUUCGGUUGGAUUUAAUACCACAUAUUACCACCAGGCUAUAGCUCUGGUCCACAUAUAUCUGGAUGGGUCUGUGCUGGUGUCCCAUGGUGGAGUGGAAAUGGGACAAGGAAUAUACACCAAGAUGUUACAGGUUGCCAGCCACGAAUUGAAGAUACCAUUGUCUUACAUACAUCCUUAUGAAACAACUUCAGUAACAAUACCUAAUGCGGUGGUCACUGCAGGAUCAAUUGGCACUGAAGUCAACGGGAAAGCAGUCCAGAAUGCCUGCCAGAUUCUCCGGAAGCGGCUAGAACCAAUAAUGAAGAAAAACCCUCAGGGGAAAUGGGAAGAUUGGAUUACGAAAGCUUAUGAGGAAAGCAUCAACCUCUCAGCUACAGGCUACUUCAAAGGGUAUGUCACCAAUAUGGACUGGAAGACAGGAGAAGGCCACGCAUUUCCAUACUACGUUUUUGGUACUGCUUGUUCAGAGGUUGAGAUUGACUGCCUGACAGGGGAUCAUAAGAACAUCCGAACAGACAUUGUCAUGGAUGCCUGCUUCAGCAUCAAUCCAGCUGUUGACAUAGGACAGAUUGAAGGUGGCUUUAUGCAGGGACUUGGACUUUAUACGAUGGAAGAAAUAUACUUCUCCCCAGAAGGACAGCAGUACACGCUGGGUCCAGACACAUAUAAAAUUCCUGCUGUCUGUGAUGUCCCAGAGCAGUUUAGAAUCUACCUUUUGCCAAACUCAAGAAACCCAAUUGCAAUCUACUCCUCCAAGGGUGUAGGUGAAGCUGGCGUAUUCCAAGCAUGCUCUGUGUUUUUUGCUAUACGGGAUGCAGUGGCUGCUGCCCGGAAGGAAAGAGGAUUGCACCGUGUUUUCACAAUGGACAGUCCACUGAACAUAGAAAGGAUUCGCAUGGCCUGUGUUGAUGACUUUACAGAGAUGAUUCCAAAGGACAAGCCUGGGACCUAUAAACCAUGGGCUAUUGAAGUAGACUAACGUCCUGGUUUUCCGCCAAAGUUUUUCGCUUUUGUAUGUUCUUCCUCAUCAGAAGAGCAGUCGCAGUCUAAUCACACACAAGAAGGACAACGAUAUUAAUUUCAGCUGUGCAAGAUUUUUAAAAAUUAUAUUGAUGUACGAAAACAAAUCUGUGAAUUUCAGCAGGCAUAUAAUCAAGCAUGGACGUCGUAUAAGGGAUAAGAAAAUGUAAUUCCAAACUGUGAGAAUUAGCAACUGUAUAUCUUCAUCUGUGAUUUGUGUUCAUGUUGUAUUGUAAUGGCCAUUGACAUCUACAUCUGUAACUGUAGGCAUAUAAAAUGCUGUGAUUAGGUGGCUGCCUACCAGGCACACAGAUACACCUCAGCUUUUAUUCAGAGGAGUUAGAGAGGGGUGAGAUUGUUGGUUUGGGCUUUGAGGAUCAUAUGGGUGUAGGGAGAAUCAUUUAGUAAAUGUUAGGGCACAGGGGAGAGUGCUGAAGUACUCCUUUGGCUUAUACAUUCUGUCCCUUGCCAGUUAAGCAGACCUUCUCCUGGAACUUGCCCAGACUUGGUAUUCAAUUAACCUUUACUCAGAGUAGACCCACAUAGCAUAGCUGAGGAAACUGAAAACUGUCAUCAGCAGAAAGUGAGCACGUGUUGCCAAGGUGCGCUGUGGAGGCGGGCAAUUUUUACUUGCAAAAUAGGAACAACUCUGGACUACCGUAUUUUUCGCUCUAUAACACGCACCCAACCAUAACACGCAUGUAGUUUUUAGAGGAGGAAAAUCUGUAGGCAUGCCACCCGUAGGCA